AUUAGUUAAAUGAUCAUGUAAAAUAUGAUUUAAUGUUGGAUUUUUUUUACGUUUUCAAUAUAAAAACUGUAUUCACAUUUCACCUGCAAGCUCCUUUUCUCCUCACUUACUAUCGGUGCUAUUUAAUCUUUUUUUAAUAUUGCUAUCAAUACCUAUUUUAGCCACUAGGGGUAGUAAUGAACAAUAGUGGUCCGCCUCCCACCAAGCGCAUGCGCUAUUCGGGUGAGGACCUUAAAAAAAUUAGUAAAGAUGAUCUGAUUGAUCUAUAUGUAAAACAACAGGAUUUAUUAGAUGGAAAUCAAAGAAAAUCAAGAGAUACAGCUAAAGAUGGUGGAGAUAAAACCAAAAAUUCUCUGAGUGAAACAAGUCGACGGGAAAAUCUGUUAAUGAUGAGACUAGCAACAAAAGAGCAAGAAAUGCAACAAUAUGCAGCGCAAAUCACUCACAUUAAAAAAGCACAGGAAGAUGCAGCUGCAAAAAGUUUACGUGAAGCAAUGCUGGAUCCGGCUAUCAAUCUGCUUUUCAAUAAAAUGAAAGAUGAACUAAAAGAAACAAAAGAUAAACUUGAACAAGCACAAAGUGAAUUGAGUGCUUGGAAAUUUACCCCUGACAGCCAAACUGGAAAAAAGCUGAUGUCACGUUGUCGAACGCUGAUUGCCGAGAACCAGGAACUUGGAAAACAACUCUCACAAGGAAAAGUAGCUCAACUUGAGGCAGAACUUGCAUUGCAAAAGAAAUACAGCGAAGAGUUAAAAGAAAGUCAGGAAGAGCUGAAUGAAUUCGUAAUUCAACUUGAUGAGGAAGUGGAAGGAAUGCAGAGUACCAUACAACUUCUUCAACAACAAUUAACAGACUCAAGGAAAGAAUUAGAAAAAUAUAAGAAAAUGACGGAAAAUAUCGACUUCUCUGAGAAUGAGAGAACUAAAGAUAAAAAUGUGGAUAUAAGAACGAAAAAUCAAAUGGAGGUAACGACUUCUCAAAAGGAAAUAGGGGACCAGGAUUCAAAAUAUGUUAAAGCUAAGGUUGGUGUGAAUGGUAUUUAUGAAAACCAAAUUGGGGUUGACUCGCCGGCUGUUAGUUUUGAAAAUAGUGAAUUUGUUUGCAAGGAGGAAUGCGAGUCCGAUGGGGAUAAUGAAGGGGGUGAAGAAAACCCCAUGGAAAUCGAUAAGUAUCAAAGCGGGGGUGAGGGGAAAGAGGGUGAAAAUACACCAACAUAUUCUGAGCAUGAAGUGAUCGAUGAGUCACAAGACUCAACCCCCCUGCAUACCCCAGAAAGGGCUUUAUCGAAUAAUGGGGAGGUGGGUGAAAAUCAAAUGCCAUCUAGUAUAGAAUCAAUGGGUAAUGAUGGCAGUCCAGCCAAUGAUGAAAUGUAUGCCGUUAUUGAUAACGGUAGCGACGAUGAAACGGAACACAUAGCGCAAAUAUCUAGCACAAAUGAUGCGACUGAUGAACGUGUAAAUGAUAUAUCUUAUGAAGAUAAUAAAGCAAUAAGAACGCCAAUUAGUGAUGAUGAAAAUCAUGAUAUAUUGAAUAGUGAAGGUAGUGCCAUCAUUGAAGAUGUUAACGCAGAGCAACACGAACCUGACUCUGUUUCUGACAUCAUUGAAAACACCAUACCUGAAGAAGAAGAUGCAAUUUCUGCAGCAGAACGAAUUCAAGACGCGACCAAUUCGGAUCCGCUCACUGAACCCACUGCAAAAGUAAACAAUUCAACUACUGAGAAACCACAGACCACAGUUUCUAAUGCAGAUGUGAUUUUGGUUGAAAACGACAAUGUGCAAAAGCCUUCAACCAAUCAAGUUCAACAACUUGUACCUCGAUCUGUUCCGAGAACCGAGGUCGUGACACCAACGAACGGACCGCAAACCAUGCUGCCGCCUCUUGCACAUUCCCUCAUGCCACACGCCCAUGUUCCUCUUAUGGGUGACUCGACAUCACCUUACCUAAUGAAUCCACAUUUUCAGCAGUUGCCAAAUGCAGCACUGGCCCAACAGCAAGCCUUUUUAGCUGAGCAACAGGCACUCAUGUAUAAAACCAUGCUAGCCCAACAUCAGCAACAGCUGACUAUGGCAGAUGAAAAAAAUAAUUCAAUGCCCGAUAGCGCUAAUACCCCGAGGACAGGGGAAGAAUUAAGAACCAUGAACCCACUAAUGCAUGGGCUACCAUAUGCAGAUCCAGCUGCUGCAUUCAUGGCACAAUACAAGGCUAUGUUGGCUGCUCAACAAAUGUUUGUUCCAGGGUCUGAUGGCAAAACACCUCAGAUGUUAACCCCCGGUGGGCUGGGGUUGUAUCCUGGUCUCCCUUUAGUUCAACCACCUGUCGUGCCACAACCCACCACUGACCCUGUUACCAACGGUGUUACGACAUCGUGGCCAUCUUGCACAAACGUAACAUAUGCGCCCCACCCAUUAAUGGCGCAGGGAUUUCUUGGCGCUAACCCAGCAGGUAUGAUGCUCUAUCCCGGGCACAAUUUAACUUCACAUGCUGUAACUGCCACUCCGGCAGUUGUUGAAACAGACACCAAGCAGCAACAUAUCGGGUCUGGGGACCAUGGACCUAUACAAAAUGGAUUAACUUCACAAAAGAAUACGGACGCGCCUGAUACAAACCCAAAAGAAGACACAACUCAAGCGGUAGCGUAAUAUUGUCUCGCACAGGCUCGAAAUGAGUGCUGCAGUCUCUUAAAAUAAUCUGCCAUAUUUUCACACAUUUUACCAUCAUAUCACAUGAAAAGUUUUACAAUUAUAUCCAAUAGUACCACAGAUCAUUUCAUGCCAAUUAUAUCAGCCAAUUCCAUACCUAAAUUGUUUCCUAAACCAAUCCGCUUCUAAAAAUUUGUUUUUAUUAUGGUUGCACCAGCAGAUGAUGAUUACAUACCCAUACCUACAUGCAGGCAGAGUAUUAUUGGGCAUGUGAGUCCCAUAUACAUAUCUAUGUUUUACUUGAUAUAGCUGCUUUUGGGGAAAUGCUGUAAUGUUAUGAAAAUUUCCGCACUUUUGAGAUAGCGUUAAUAAACAUACAAUACAGCUAGGGUAGGAUUUUAUUUUAUAUUUGUACAUUAGGCAGUAAGCCGGACCUUAAAAAGUGUAUUUUCACAUCUUCUUGUUUCCUUAUCACUUCUUGAAAUGUUCGGAUAUUGUUAUAGCAUCAAAUCUAUCGCAGACUUAUUUUUUGUAAUUUUAUCUAAUCAAAAAUUGUUAGUAACAGACUGGAUGUGUGCAAAAAUUGCUUGCUUCCUUUACCAUUCUUCUGGUGUUAUUUUGCCUGGAAAAAUUGGAUUUCACACUUUAAUGGUCUGGAUAAUUUAUUUGGCUAGAGAUCUAUACAUGUAAUGUUACAUUAAACUAGUUUAUAAAUAAAUAUUAGUACAUUAUUUUGAUGGGGCACAAUGUAUUUCAAACUCUUAUUAUUUUCAUAAUGCAUUUAAUAUUGAAAACUUACAGAACAACUUUGAAACAUUAUGAUAUCAAGUCUUUCAUUCCUUCUCUUGAUUUUAAAUUUUGUUUUAUGAUUUUUUUUUGAUGGUUUCUCAAGUUUGGCAUUGAAAACUGUGUUGAAUUGACAAGGUUAGUAAGUAAAUUUGCAUUCGAGGCGAAAAAGAAAAUUGAACAAAUUUUUAAUCCUUGCAAAAUUGAAAAUACUCAAGGUUUAAAUGAAAACGAUCCAUUGUUAGAAGAUGUCUGGUACAAUCUGAUAUAUAUUAUGUUUAAGGGAACAAUAUGUAGAUCAGUCUUAUUUGAACUAAUCUUAUUUCGUACAGCAGAUUUUUUUAUCUUGUGUUCAUUUGCUUUCUAUUCCAGAAUUUAAUGAUGAACCAAUGGUCUGGAAUAUUUGUUCACUCUGAAUGUUAGUAAUUUGUCAUUUUUCACGACUUAUUAUUUGGGGUUUUGUAAGGUUUCUAAUUAGUAUUGUUACAUUUUUUUGUUUGAAUUAUAUCAUAUAUUUAGGGUUUUUCAGAAAUUUUGUUGAAUUGAAAUCCUCAUCCCUCUUAGAAAGUGAUUUUUAUAAUCCAAACAGCGAAAAGAAAAUAUUUUGGAAUUUAAAAAAAUUUGAUUGUGAAGAAAUUAUUAUAUGUCAAAUAUCAUGAUAAUACUGUAUUUGAACCAAGAUACCAAAAAAUCCAGAUAUCACCGAUAGACAAUUUUUUUUCUUGUUGUAGUAAUUUGAAUACCCUUUUUGGCAUUUUUUGUAAUAAAAAAACAACUACUUCGAGUCACAUUUUACAAUUUCGAAAUGGUGUAUAACCUCAGCUUUUUAAAAUUUACUAUCAAAUAGGAAAUAUUUUUCCUGUUAACAACCUGAAUAGCAAUUAAUUACAGUAAGUAAGUCAAAAAUACAGAGGUGAGAUUUGAUGGCAUUGUUUUGUAUUAUGUGAUAUUAUGACUCCUAUUGAAUCAUCUAUCAAUUUAUAUUAGUGCUCUGUGUGCACUACCAUUGUUUUAUUUCAAAGUGAAAAUACAUCAUUACACUUGAAGUUAGUUUGAAAAGUGAUAUCUCAUGAUAUCCAAUAUGAUAUAUGAUGAUAUUCAAAUAUCAACAAAAUUUCAGAUUUUUUUUUUGACAUGAGGUGUUCUCCCAUUCCUACACUCUGAAAAAAUGGGGUUAUAUAUAAGUAUACAUUUAAAAAUUUGGGAUUAUCAAAGUUUUAAAUGUGCAGCGUAAAUACUCCUUGGAUGGUUAGGAGAGUGAUCACUAUAUUAGCCCCAUAAAAGAACUCAUACUUUGGAAGUGCCGUGUGUAAAUUGCGAUGCUAUCAUGAUUAAGCCAGCAUUACUCUGCACAUAGUCCUACACGUUCCAUUAUGUAUUGGUAGCAAUUUGGUAUCAAGUGUGUAUUUUUUUUAAGCAGCGAAUCUGCGUAUUAUCAUUUUUUACAAUUUGUGUGUUUUUGUAUAUACCUUCCUAAACGUGUCAGUUUUUACACUGCUUACUAUGUGAAAAAUGAUUGGAGGAUUUAAUUAUGAAACAAACCAAAAAUAAAGAGCGAAAAAGAAAAACUUUUUCGUUUCAUGUUUUAUCUUAUGUGUAUUUUAAUUUUU